AUGAGCUGUCUUUUAUCAUCCUUCCAAACUGAUGCACUACAAGACUGCCGCUCGAUUUUCAGACCCAUCCCGGCACUGGACAACCUUGCCGUAACGGAGACCAAAGAAAAGCGUAUUCAAACCAUUAUCGACAAUCUCGCCCGCCACCAACAAGAAGUCCGAGCCAGUGUUCUGCGUGAUGUACAGCGAAGGAUCAGCAAUGAAAGUCCAGCUGCCAUGGACAUUGAUAUAGAUGACCAAAGUGAGGAGCGAGACAAUCAGAACUUCAUUAAGAACGCAAGUACCGCUCUUCCUGAAGGUGCUCCCGACCCAUGCCUGUCGCACGGCACCAUCGUGCCUAUGAACCCAGCAGUCAGGCAAGCAGUGGUGCCCGCCAACUUUCAGCAUGCCCAGGAAGCGGUAGAGCAAGUCGAAGCCUACGACCAAAAUGCCAGGUGGCUGCGCGAAUACUACGGCAGAGCACUCGAACGACAAAAGACUAGUCGUACCUAA